CCGCAGAGCGGUGAACACGUUGAUUUGAGUCGAGUUUUUCUCUAGUUCGAGUUUAGGUUAUUUACCAAAACCUGGACUCAAGUUUGGUUCGAGUUUGACUUCAACUUGACUCAUUAAUAAACUCACCAGCUCAACUCAUCAAUAAGUUCACGAUCUUGACUUGAGCUCAACUUAUUAUGAGUCUAGAAUAGUUGAACUGUAAAAAUAAACUCUAAAACAAGAACAAUGGUCAAUUUUUCAUCACUAAUUGAUCCCAUAUUUUCAUACUAAGUUAUAAUUACUAUCUAAGGAAUCCAUAAUACAUCAUUUCUAUAUCAAAUUAUAAAUGAGACAGAUAUGUUUAUGUACCCAAAGUCUUAAACCAUAAUAUGUUAUGAGAUAUAUAAUCUAACAAAAUCUACGAACUAUAUAUCGGUUUGCUUAUAAGUUAUAUAUCGUCCAAGCUUACUCGUUGACACACUAUCGAGCUAUUUUAUAAAGCUAAAAAAUGAGUCAUUCACGAGUUCAAUUUAACAAGCCACAUAAUGAGUUGGCUCGCUAAACAAGCUUUUGUUUUAACUCAACACAUUAAUAAAUAACCUGAGUGUCGACCAAAUGUUUUUGAAUACAAUGUCGAGCCACUCGUAAGUUGCUCAACUCAUUUGCAACCCUAACCACAAGUUAGACUGAACAUUUUUUGUUUUGUUCUCCUAUGCCAUGUGGAGGCAUGUAGCUUGGUUAAUUACUAGAAAAGAAAAGUUGUCCAAGUUUAAGGAUUAAGUGAGGCAAAGGGAGGAAAGAAAAGAAAAUUAUCUCCCUUCCCCCUACCCUUGUAAGUCACAUUAGCAAAAGCUGCUUAACUAAGAUUUAAUAAAGAGAGACGACUGCAAGUAGAACAUAAACAUAAUCACACACUCACAUGGCCAUUUGUUAGAAAUUUAAUGCGAAAGGAAGGCGAAAAGUUAAAGCGAAUAAAAUACAAGUGAUUCAGAAAAAGCUGAAAACCGUUGGUAUUAGUUACCCAAUUAUCUUCUGUGAACUGACUUCUUCCACCAUUGACUGGUUAGACCACAAUUUUUUUUACAAUCAAGUUUCAGGUUAAAAAGUCCUUUUCAUUUGUUAACGAAUUUCUGAACCACCCUACAAAUCAAGGAAUAAAGCUCUCAAAAUUGUUUAUCCCAUUUAUUCAUUCAUUAAAAGCAGAAGCAGAGAGGCCCUCUGUCAAAUCAACCCAGUCUGCACUCUGCCGUCUGCUGCUCCGGCGAUUCCCUUGCCCUUCCGGCACCGGUUUCCGCCACUUUCCCUGCACUCUGUCAAUGCCAAGUGGAUCCCACUUGAUUUUAUUUCUCACCAUUUUUUUUUCAUUUGAAAAUUGGAAGGGGGAGCUGAAUUGCUGAUUGAUGAUGAGUAGUAAAGCGGGGAGAUGAAUGAAUUGGUGGGGCUCACAAACACUCUCUUUCUCACUCAGACUUGGCCAAAAAGACCAGCUGGGCUUGUGGGUCUCUGUCUCUGCUUCUCUCCCUUCUUCCUCCCAUUUCACAUUUCUUCAUUCCCCUUCUCUCCAUAUAUUUGAUUUCUUUUUCGAGGGUUCUUUAAUCCAAAGGAAAGAUCUGAAGCAUCGUCUCUUUUUCCCCUCUUCUCUCUCUCUGUCUCAUCGCAUUUCUUACCAGCUUCUUCUUCCUCUUCCUCUUCUUAUUCCUUUUCCUAUAGAAGAGAAAAGUGGGACGGGAGGCUCUCUGGAGGCCUACUAGAGAAAGUUUUGUCCGAGAUCUGUCCCAUUUCCGGCUCUCCACUCACUGGUAUACUCUACUUAUGUUCACUCUUUUCUCUCAUUCCUUCAUUUCUUGGGAUGAAGCUUCUAAACCAUGGACCCCAGCUGGGGCAAAACAAAGAAAAAAUCACUUCUUUUGUUCGGUUAGCUGUUGCCUGUGCAGUUCCUUUUGUUGGGUGUCUUUCCUUUUCUGAGUACUGAGAUGGGUUUUCUUUUUUUUCCCCCUGUUUGUGGUUUGUCGGUGGAUGGUUGGGUUACUGUUUGGUUGCUGAGAAAAUGGCAGGAAAAAAUUGGGGGGGGGGGGGAUCGGGGUGAAUCGCAAUUUUGACACUUCAAUUCAACAUUUUUCUGUGCCUGGCCUUCUGGCGAAACACUGGUUACUCCUGGCCGACAAUUUCUGAGGGGGUUCAGAAUUAGACACAUUCAGCUAAAGUCAAACUGCUUUGGCAUCUUUUGCUUCACCUAUGGAGUUGUUAUUUUGUGGGAAAUCUGUAGAUGUUAAUUGAUGUUUGAGUAUGUUUGUUCUUAAUAGAUUUUAACUCUUUCUCUUGUAUUUGUUGAUUCACUUUCCGCCUGUUAAUAAGAUGUGGUCCAAUCUGUGUUGGAACUUCAGUGUGUUUCCUUUGUUGGGUAAUUGUAGAAUUUCCAAAAUUAAUCCUCCUGAUUUCCCUAUGCAGAAGAUUUUGGUUGAGGAAUGAUAAAGAAGUGAUGGGAAGGAAAGGGAAUUGGUUUUCUAGUGUAAAGAAAGCACUCAGCCCUGACUCCAAGGAGAAGAAAGAUCAGAGGUCAAGUAAAUCCAAGAAGAAAUGGUUUGCCAAGCAGAACCUGGAUGCCGGUUCAGCUCCAGUGGCGAAUGGGGCAGCAGAAGCCCCACUUCCCCCACUUCCUCCUCAACCAGAUGAGGAGGUGAAAGUACUAGAGACCACAAUUGAAGUGAACAAUCAUGGCUACACUUUGCCAGUUGCUGCUGCUGAGCCACCUGAGCCUGCAACUCCUGUUGUUGUUCAAACAACCACUAUGGAAGUGGUUCGAAAAGCUAAUAAAUUUGCUGGGAAAUCAAAGGAGGAAGCAGCAGCAAUCAGGAUUCAAACUGCAUUUCGUGGGUAUCUGGCUAGGAGAGCACUUAGGGCUUUAAGAGGAUUGGUGAGGCUGAAAAUGCUGAUGGGAGGUCCCACUGUAAAGAGGCAAGCUGUCCACACGCUCAAGUGCAUGCAAACCCUAGCUCGAGUACAGACUCAAAUCCAUACCAGGAGAGUCAGAAUGUCUGAAGAAAACCAGGCUCUCCAGAGACAACUUUUGCAGAAACACGCCAGAGAGCUCGAGAGCUUGCGGAUGAAAGAGGGAUGGGAUGAUAGCGUGCAGUCAAAGGAACAGGUAGAGAGCAACAUGCUAAGCAAGUACGAGGCAACCAUGAGAAGGGAAAGAGCCCUGGCUUAUGCAUUCUCUCAUCAGCAAACCUUGAAGAACCCUACUAGACCAGCUGCAGGCAUGUUCAUGACACCUGGCAAUCCUUCCUGGGGCUGGAGCUGGUUGGAAAGAUGGAUGUCAGCUCAUCCUUGGGAAACAAGGAACGCUACUACUGAUAAAGAUCCCAACAACGAUCAAGCUUCUGUAAAGAGUGGAAACAACCGAAGCUUGGUUGGUGGAGAAAUCAGCAAAGCUUAUGCCCGUUACCAGCUCAACUCUGAUAAACUCUCCCCUGGAGAUCAUCAAAUGAGUACAAAUUCCCCUUCAGCUACGUCAAAGCCAGUUUCUUCUGUUGCGAGAAAACUCAAGUCGGCGAGUCCCAGGAGCAGCAUUGGUGGCCCAGAUGAAGACACCAGAAGCAUGGUUAGUUUCCAGUCUAACAGAAGGCACAGCAUUGCAGGAUCAUCUGUGAGGGACGAUGAAAGCUUGGCCUCUCUUCCAAGCUAUAUGGUGCCUACACAGUCUGCAAAAGCCAAGUCCAGACUCCAGAGUCCACUAGGGCUAGGAGGAGCAGAGAGGAAUGGGACUACACCUCCAGAAAAGGAGAAGGGGGCCUUGGCAUCUGCAAAGAAGAAGCUUGCUUACCCGCCUUCGUCGCCUGCCAGGCCUAGGCGCCAUUCUGGUCCUCCGAAGGUGGAUACCAGCUUGAUUAAGGCUGGAAAUGGGGUGGUGGCAAAUGGAGACAUGUAGCCGCCAUCCAGAGUUUGAUUUGAAAGAUGACAAGGUAGUGGAGUUGAUCUUCUCGCUAUCUCUUGAAGAAGUGGAAGGAAGUAGGAAAUGAAAAAUAAGUGUUUGGAGUUUCAUACUACUAUUUUUUGUUCCUUUUCUUAAUGGGUUGUUUCUCAAAUCUUUCUGUGGUUUCUUUCAGUGUUGAAAGUGGUUGUUAUUAUUCAUUCAUUUGCAUCUGCGGGAGAUGACCUGAUAUGGUUCACUUCAUUUGUUGGGGGUUAACGGGGCGUGGGAUUCACUUGUUAUAUUUAUUUAUUUAUUUAAAGUGAGGGGCUUGUAAAACCUUUGUAAUGUUGAAAGGUGAUUGCAUGUUUGGAUUAAUAUAUUUUAUUUAUGAACCCCAACUAUUAAAAAAAUACUAUUUUUAGCACGCAUUAUUUACAAUGCAAUGAUACAUAUCUUAAAACUAUGAGCUAAAGUUCCAACUUUAUUUAGAGACCUAAAUGUUUUGUUGACUGUUAAAAUUAACUGGUAACUUAAUCAUAAUGAAAUAUGUGUUAGACU